GGGGGAAAGGAGGUGGGACCCCGUCUUGUCCGUGUGAAACUCGAAUGGGAAGUUAAGCGCCCUCGCUCAUGGCUGGGAGCUGGUUUCUACCCCAGGUCACCCCUUCCUGGCAUGUGACUCCAGUUCUGCCUCUCUUGAGGGCACUGUCCCCACAGGGUGGCAACAUCAUUAAGCACCUGGCACCUAGGGACACCUGCUUCAGAGUGACAAAGCCACCUCCCCGGGGGCCCCACCAGCAUCAGAAUCCAGUCUAAUGGCAGCAGUCUGUGGGUGGUGGUUGGCAUGGACGCUGAAGCCUGGAUGCCUGGACACACAGCUGGCUGCUGCCCUGUGGGCCGGGAGACCUGGGGAGAACUUUGUCUCUCCUUUACCCGUUGACCAUCCGUCAAACGUGGAGGGUAGUGACACGGCCCACUUCUCAGGUCUUGAGGAUCAAGGGAGCGUUGUUGUGUAUAGCCUUUGGAGCAGGCCUGGUGCGUGGUACAGGUCCCCAUGGGACCCAAGGGGCUGCCCUCUUGGCAGUGACAAUGACAUGGCAGCCGUACUGCAGCCAGGUGCUGUCACCCAGACUGGGGGCCUUGCCUGGUGUGAUUCGCCAGCCAUGUGGCUAAUGAGGUUGCUUGUUCCCACUUCACACGUGGAAACCCAGGGUUCAGAGAGUUGGUAUAAUAAUAAAAAUAAGAAUUGCAACAAGAAGGUGUUUCGGAGGGCCUGCUAUGCACAGGCAUCUGUGCUCUUUGUAAUCUCCCCAACAGUGGAACUGAAAGGUGGGGAAACUGAGGCUCAGAGAGGAAACUAACCACUCAGUGACCCCCCCCGCUCCCCCCAACACCAUGAAGGGGAGGGGACAGGCUGAGCAUGGUCCACACAGGCCCAUGGGUUGUCUGUUUCGUUUUCAGGCCCAGCCUAUGAACUGGAAGCUUUUCAGGAAGUCUUGGGAGAUGAUUUAUUUAUUAGCUGUUUUUUAAUUUUAAUAAAAAAAAAAUGUAUGUGUGUGGAACUCUGAUUCCACCUGGGAUCUGAGACGUGGAAACCCAAGUACCUGACUUGGAGGUAACAGCACGCCCACCUGGGUGAGGAAUAUUCCAGAAGCUUGCCUCCAGGCACCAUCCUCGCCUGCUGACCAGUCCCCUGGGGAAGCAAGGUCAGGGUCACGUUGGUGUUGGGCUGCUGGAGCCGCCGCUUCCUGGGUCUCUGGCCCACGGCAGGCCGAUGCUGUGCUACCCUAGCCUCGGCCAGCGGCUCCAGGGCCCACCUGCUGGACAGCAGUCUUCUCUCUGGUCCCAGCCCCAGGCCGGGGCAUCCAUAGCAGGUCCAGCGUCCAGAAGUGUCUCCAGAACAGAGCAGAUGGGGGGGAAGGUCCCCAGCACUGACCCUCAUUGAUGCAAAGGGUGGAGAGGAGCCUGGGGCUGCGGGGCAGGGGUGCUCCUUAGCACGGCCUGCACCGGCCGGGCCUCCUUAGGAACUUCCCAGGGGAAGGGCAGACAGCCCUCCUUUCACCUCGGGGAGGAUACGAGCUGGACACACUUCCCACAGGAAGCCGACAUCAAAAGAGCAGGUUAGAGCAGAGCGCUGGCUGGUGCCGACCUGGGACUAGUGUUCAGGGCAGCCCUCAUGCCAGGCGUGCUCACGUUUGUCUGCACGGUUCCCGGGGGUCACGGUGUGACCCGAGGGCCGCCCUUCUUCCCUUGCCCGUGAUGUCCAGGGCCACACAGUAGCAAGUGCUGAGCCAGGACUCGAACUCAGGCCAGGCCUACCUACGGGGCCCCUUUGACUCCCUGAUGCUGCCCAUGGGCUGCUGACACCUGCUAGUCUCAUCCUUAAACACAGGAUGGAUUUUUAUCCUGGUUAUUCUUAAUAAGGAUAGGUAAGAAUAAUUGCCGUUUAUCCAGAGCCUCGAGGUGCCAGGCACUUACCUGCGUUAUCUCGUUUACCUGCUGAAGAAGCCCCUGGCUUGGGCCCCAUUAUCAUUAAUGACGCCUGGAAGAUGUCACUGGCCGUAGUGCCAGAGCUGACUUCGGCCUGGUCCUGGUGACUAGUCCUGUGCCUGGGCACUCCAAGGCUUUGGGCGAGUUGGGUGGCCUCUCUGAACCUCAGUUUCCUCUUCUAUACAUGGGCCUAAUCCUGCUUCCUGUGGCAAAGUUUUGAAUUAUGUGAAUUAAUAAGUGUAAAGUGCCUGGCAGAGUGUCAGCUGUUGUCACUGUCAGCGUCAUUAUCACCAUAACACAGGGUCUUAGGAGGCAUGGACACUGGUGGUCAGAUGGGAGCUUCCUGACCUGGGGGAGGUGGGAAGGAACCCAUGGGUAUGCCCAGGCAGGGUGGGCACAGUGCUGGGUGGGAGCCAGGCAGACCUGAGGAGCGAGGCUCCCGUGAGGGGGCUGGGCCGGGGCUGAAAAAGGAGCUGCCUGCCUGGAUGGGCGGUGGAGGGACCUUGGGGAGAACAACAGACCGACCCAGCCCGGCCGUCUCUCCAUUUCCCGCGAGGAGGGAAGUUACGGAUUUCCGCCCUGGCGUCCAGGGAAGGAUGGGACUGGCCGCUUGGCUGCUGGGGUGCGGUCCACACGGCGGGGACGGUGGGAAGCUUGCUGUGCGCUCCUCCCCUGCUGCCGUGCCUCUGCCCGCUCACGGGCUGUGGCCAGAGCCUUACUCGCCACUGCUGACCGACCAUAGUCUGAUGGAAGCACAGACCUGCUUGUUGGGGGUUGGGUAGCUGUGUCCCUCAUCUGAGAUAUCCUGGGCCCCUCUUCCUUCUUUUUGUGGCUGAGACCCCAGAGCCAUCAGCAGCUGCCACUUGGAGGCUUUGACAUGGAGCCCUCACUCACAGAGGAGACCCAGCUCCAACCUGACAUCCUUGAGCUGUCGCCUCUGGGAAGCCCUCCCUGGUCCUCAGCGGCAGGCGCCCAUCCUUCUUGGAACGUUGGGUAGCCCCACUCACCAAGCCCACUGUUGCCUAUUUCCUUUCUACCCUAUUCCCCGACUUAGAAAGGAAGUUCUCAGUCCUCAGUCUUCUCGUCUUGGAAGUGGGCACAUACAAAUGUAAAAGGUAGUUUUCUGCAUCCCCCCCUCCACCCCCCCAGCUCUGAGACAUGACUGGUGAGGAGAGGAGCGAAGGGAGCAGGGUCCUGUUCCAGGCCCGGGGAGUGGGAGAGCCAGGGACUGGAGGUAGGGGCUGCAAGAUGCUGCAAAUCCGGGGUAGUGAGCUCAGCUGUGUCUCAGUUCUUUCUUCUGUAAAUUGGGGAGAACGGUGGGACCUUCCUUCCAGGGUCGGUGUGGGCCCUGGGUGAGUGAACACACGUAACAGGUGUUAACAGAGCCUGGCCCCUAGUCAGUACUGUGGUUAUUGGUACUAAUCAUUGCAUUUAGUUCAUUAUAAAAUAAAGUCAGUAUUUAUUGGGCCUACUGUUGUGCUCUGGAUACAGGCAUGAACAAAACAAACAACAACCCCCCCCCACCCCCACCCCCGCUACCUUCGUGGUCCGUACUAGUUGAGGGAGACUGACAGGAAAUGGAUAAAUGAGUAAAAUGAAUGGGUGCAUGUGUGUGUGGGGGUGCAGGGCUUCUGCAAGAAAGGGUUUUGUGAUGUGCAGUUGGGUAAUAAACCUUUGUGUGAUUUCAGCCUCAGGGCUCUUCCUCACAAGAGAAGGUUCAUAAGGCCGUACUGUCCAGGUCGAGGUGAAGGUCAGCCCCACAGGGACCCCCGGGACCCAUUUAGAGGCUCCAGGGGACGCAGUUUGAAAACCAGCACUCUUAGUGAAAAUGGUCAGAGCCUAAGAAGAACAUUCUGUUAAACAGAGAGGUGGGCAGGGGGCGAGCAGCAGGUGUAGGAGGGAGAAACCAGCACCCGUUGGAAGCAGUGCCUGAGGCCACCUGCUCCCGUAGUGGCAGGUGAGCUGAGAGUUGGACAAAGCCCCGAAAGUAGAUCACGGAUAAGUACGGGGUGCUGGACCCUUUAAGGGGUGUCCGGGGCCCCUGGAUGGUUGCCAUUUAUAAGAAUGGCCUCCCGUGGGAGGACCUGCCACGUGUCUCAUGAGCUCUGCUUUCAGCCCCGUGUGGGGCCUCCCACCCCAACCCCUACUGGGGGAUCGAUCCUUACCCCCAUGGAAGAGCUUGGGGCCCCGCCAGGUUGAGCCACUUGUCCAGGGCCACCUGGAGUCAGGACUGCUAAGUGUGGUAGGCUGGGGGCCUAAGGGACCAUUUCCACAGAGCCCCUGAACCCAGCUGGCAGCUUCUGGAAGGGUCUCCGGGGACAAGGGGACUUCCUCUCGCUGUCAUUGGCUUGAACUCUGCACAGCGCACUCUGAGAAGUCACGUGAUAGCACAUCCUCCCCGCGAUGUCCCAGCCCCUGGGGGGCUGGGUAGCUGGCACCUGGCUCACCUCAAACCCCAGGGGAGGUGAGUGGCACGGACACCAGUUUUCAGAAUUGACACUGAGGCCCCGUCAUGGAGAUGCCAGGCCUGCCUUGGCUCUGGGCUGGUGGAGCCUGGCCUGGGAGCCUCCGCCUACCCUCUGCCACGUGGGUCCUUCUCAAGUGUGGCAUGUGCCUGCUAGGCCAGCGCUUCCCUUUGCUGUGGCUCCUCUGGACACUAAGUUUCGGUUUCCUUGCCGUUGUUCUCUGUUCGUUCAUCCCUGCCCGUGUGUUCGCUCGUUCGCUCAUUCAUUCUCAGAACAGCGCAGCGGCGGAGGGGGCAGCCACAGAGACAAAGCCGAGGGUCUCUGGGCAAAUUACUUCAUCUGUUUCCUCAUCGGAGAAAACGAGGGUGGCACUCCUCCCAGGGCUGCCAGGAGGGUUAAAGGAAAUAAUGUGUGUGUGUCCAGUGGGUGGCCCGCGUACCGUUGUGUCUCUGUCCCUCCCCUGCUCGCGUUCCCCCUUUCCGACCCUCCUGUAAAACUUGCUGAGGCACCAGGUUGGAGCGGAUGUGGUCCUUGUCGCCGGCCUUGAUGGCGUGGGUAGGUAACCCACUGCCAGAUGGCCCGAGGGGUCCUUCUGGGCAUCUGGCCACUGGUGACGGCCCAGGCUGCUCAGAGCUGCCUUUCACCACGGGUGGGGGCGGCCCGCGCGCAUGCGUGCUCCCCAGGCGUCCCCUGCGUGCCCGCCCGUGUACACACGUGUCUUCCCACUAACCCAUGAGCAGCACAUGUCUUGAGCCGUCACACACACUUCCUCCCUUGGACAUUGGGCAUCGUGGGUACAGGUAGCACACGUGUUCCAGAAUGGCACAUGCCUGCACACCAAGCGUCUCCUUGUGCAUGUGCACUUGCCCUUAUGUGUCCUUCCUCCACUGGGCACACCUCUCUGGUGUCCCCAGGUGUCCACGCCUAGCUGUGUAAGCGCUCAUCUGCAGGCAAGGGCUUAUUUCUUCACCACACAUGUAUGUAGCGUUUGCUCAGGCCCAUCUACGUGCUUUACAACUGCAAAUUCGUUUCACCCCCUAACGACACUGAGACACCCACUUCUAUUAGCCCAUCAUCCAGAUGAGCAAACAGCCCUGGAGAACUUAGGUCACUUGCUCAAGGCCACACGUCCGUGCAGUGUAGGCCAAGAUUCAGUCCCCCUCCACGGCUCUGAACCCGAUCUGAUGCUGUGCCUGUGAAGGUGUGUGGGCCUGCGCCGGGCUCACCGUGUAAAUGCGCGCAGGCAUGGGUACACCUUCUCAGUGUGCACAUGAGACCACGUUCUCCAGGUCAUGGUUGCACAACCUCCAUGUGCGCGGAAGGACUCAGGUGCUGGAGAACAGGCUUGCACACGCACACCACUCACACACAUACGUACACGCUCACAUGGGCCCUCAGUCUCCAUCUCAAGUCCCAGGCUCCAGCUCCCUUUCCCAGAGCCCCUUCCAGAUUGUUCUCCAUUUCCUCACUCUCAGUCCGCUGGAGAGGGAAGUGAAUCUACGGGUCUGGACUCGCCUGCCUCGGCCACCCCUGCUCACCCGCUUGCUGGCUCUGUGGGGGGCCUGGAGCCCCAGAGCUCUUCCUUCUGCCAGAGCCCCCACUGGGCUCCCUUCCCGCGCAUCUUCUGGGCUGGUCCGCACCCCAGGAAUCUGGGCUCCUCCAGGCUGCAUUGGGCUGGGGACAGACGCAUCCCCGGGGAGCAGAGUGACUGGACCGGAGGCCUCCCACGUGUUCCUGGCAGGAAACACACUUCCUCCUCUGGCCCUUCUCUUCCAGGCACUUGUCCCUCGCCUCCCUUCCAGCUCAUCUGCCCGCCCCCACCCCGCUGGGCUUCUGCGUCUGACCGUCAGCGGCUCCCAGCCCUGCCCAAUUUCAAGCCUGGGCUUGUGGGCCUGGGCGCGACUCUCCUGAAUUGGCCUCAUCAGAAGUACCCAGACUUCGAGCCAAGACCCCAGCGUCCUUGGCCCCCGCCCUUGGCCACCGGCACCUUUACCUGUCUCUGCGCCUUGCUUGGCUCACCCCCGUAUCCACUCUUUCCUUCUCCAGAUGUUCCCAGCCAGGAGCCAGGGACCAGGUCCUCCCUCUGCACUCAGCCGUCACCGGCCGCUCCUGGUCUCCGCGCCUCCUCCCUCUCUCCCUCCCUCCCGUGUGCUGCCAGCUCCGGGCCUGGCCCUUUGUUCCAGCUGAUGGCUGGUGCUGCCCGAGCACCGCUGUGUCCAGAGCCGUGGGCUUUCCCUGACCUUGUAACUUUGCUUUUGGUGAAUUUUGGUUCUUCAUCAAGAUGCUCUGCUGCCCUCCCCCCUUUCCCUCCCCCUCCCCCCUUCCCUCCCCCCUCUCUUUUUCUCCCUCUUGUUUUUCUGUGUGCUGAGCACUCUGUCCAGCCCUGAGCACUACUUCUUUGAAUUGAAUUAACAAAAGAAAGCCCCAAGGAGCUGAGAAAUCACUUGAUUGCACAGGUGUCCUUUGCCAGUUGGUUACAAAGUUUUUAUGAGCAAAUCUGGUGGUUAUCCUUUGGAAAAUAAGCAAAGGCAAACCACUUCCUGCCGCUUCCAGGAGCCACUCGAGUGCUGGAGCUUUCUAAGACCUACCAAGAAUCUGAAACUUCAGGCAGGCUUCCUCCGUUUUCCUGGAGAACUCGGCAAUUUGUGUUGGUGAAAUUCCACUGGGCCCGACAGGGUUGGAGAUUGCAUUUCAGUUUUGUCUUGCAAAGGAAUUUCUGAGAUCGAGUAACUUGGCUAGAGGGGAAAAGGGGAACUCUGGCUUGUGACCUAGGCAGCAGUGCCCUUCCUAUGGGACUGGUGCCUCUGGAAUUCGCAAAUGCCACACAGCCUCUAAGUCGGCUGCCUCUUGGGCCUGAGGGUGAGCUCUGGCAGUGCCAUGUGCCACGUGUGGAUUCUGUCCUUUCUGCACCUUUAUUUGACCUGUGUCCUAAAUGCUGAGAUGGGGAGAGGCAGUGUCCCACUCCCCAGUGUCGGGGGUGGGGUGGAGUGGGGCCAGAGCCAGGACUGCUGGUGCCCUAGGACGGGGCCUGGGUCUUAGGUUCGAGUCUACUCUGCCACCAACUUCAGCAGUUACGGAACCCCUCUGUGCCUUGGUUUCCUUAUUUGUAAAACAGCGAUGAUUCUAGAAAUCCCCUGGGGGCGAUAGGAGAAUUUUGUUAUCUGUUAUUAAAUAAAAUAUUCUGUUAUGUGUAGUGCACCUCCCACAUGCUAAGUCCCGUAUGCAGGCUUUGCAGAUGCUAACAGGAGCAGCGUGGUCUUCGCCGGAGCCCUAGGAGCCGCUACUACCCGGCCCCGUUGUGCAGGUGAGGAAACCGAGGCUGGGAGAGGUUAGGUCACUCACACAGCUGGUAGGUGGCAGGGCUGGGCUUUCGACCAGAGGCUGUGGCCCGGAGCCUGGGCCUGUUCCCUCCGAGCUGUCACUCUAGGUACUUCAACAGCCUGACCCCUGGGCCGUUUUGCCUGCGACAAUCCCUGUUAACACGUGUCGUCCUGGGGUCAUUCUCAGUUGUGCCCCAUUUCAUUUUGUCCCCCAGAGUGUCCUGGGUUGGUCGGUAGAGGACGCGGUCAGCUUAGGUGUGGAGCGUUUAGGACAGUCCUGAGCACAGGAUCCAUGGGAUCGAUGGCCGGGGAGGUGACACAGCCACAGAGGAUCAGCUUGGGUAGCCUGGGGGUGCCUUAGUCACUGCAGAACAGAGACCUCAGCUCAUUCACCCACUGCCCUGGGCAUCUCACACGCCAGGCACUGGAGCAUCGUGCUGGGGGUGGGGUGAUGAGGAGGGAGACAGGGACACCGCCAGCAGCUCUGGAAAAUGAAGUCACGCCCAGGACUCGCCCUCGUAAGAAAUGCAAAGCAUUACCGCUGGGAUCGUGUUCCCCUUGCUUUGUUUGGCAAAUUAUGACAGUAUGUCACUGACCCAGCACAUUCUGAUUACCUAUUGUUCUAAUGAAAAAAAAGCAAAACAAAAACAAAAAGCAGGCCAGAAAACCGCUUCUGGUUAUGUGAUCGGUAUUUAGAAGUUUCCAAUUCCAGAGUAGGCCUCAGGGCAGGGCCAGUCCCCAGGCUGUGUGGAGCCUUCACUGUCCCCAAGAUGCCAGGUAAUCGGCUUAUCUUUGCUGUACCUCCGUCGCACCCUGUCCCCCUGUCCCCGUCCUUAGCUGCGUGUGCAGGAUGUCAUGGGCCAUGGCUCUCCCAGGCAGGCAGCCUGCUCCGGCCGCUGGUGGUGUUUUCUCGCAAACCUGCCCUCGUUCAGCGCGUGCUCAACGUGGAGGCUGAAGGGCACAGCUCUGGGUAGGGGUGACCAGCUCACCCCUCUUUGCCCAGGACUGUCCUCAUUUUAAAACUGGGAGUCUCAAGUCCUGGGAAAAUUGGACAGCUGGUCACCCUCCAGGAGCGAGUGAAGCCAGCCCUGUGUCCCCACGGUCAGCUCUGCUGUGUGAUGGCAGGUCCGUUGCUUGGGCGCCCCGAGCCUCCGUUUCCUCUCCUGCGCAAGAGGCUUAAUGGAGCCCGUCUCACAGGAUCACUGUGAGGUUCAGUGAUUCAUGACGCCUCGCGAGUGGCGGUGAGCCCUCGUUCCCCACUGGUGAUGAGUUACCUUAAGAUUUCCCCUGUGGGGCUUAGGCAGUAGUUGUUUUCUGGUGGUCCGAGUGGACCACCAGUCUCCCUUUAGAUGCCAGUCUGACUAUCUUAUCUUGGGGUGGCUGUCUGGAAGUGAAUUCUGCACUCAGCCCUUGCCUUCUUCUCUAAGGCUUUUUGCAGCCAGUGCCCCCCGCCCCCCAAUGCCCCCAGUUCCCUGAGCCAGCCCCUGGCCCGUGUGUAACCUGGACAUCACCUGGGAACAGGCAGGAGUGGACGAGGAGCUGACAGUUAUUGAGCCCCUUCACAUGUGGCAUCACGGGCUACGUGCUUCAUGUUUAAAUCCUCCCAUGAAAAUCCUUACUUUCCAGAUGGAGACUUGAGGCUUGGGAAGGUCGAAUUAUUUCCCCAUCAUUAGAAAAACGUGUAAGCAGUGAGAUCCUGCUGUACAGUCCUGGGAACUAUAUCUAGUCACUUAUGAUGGAGCAGGAUAAUGUGAGAAAAAGGGAUUGCAUACAUCUAUCUGUGACUGGGCCACCUCGCUGUGCAGUAGAAAACUGACAGAACACUGUAAACCAGCUAUAAUGGAAAAAAUACAAAUCAUUAUUAAAAGAAGGUUAAAUUUUUUAAAAUUUAAAUAGAAAAAAAAAAAAAAGAAAAGAAAAACGUGGAGCUGGGCUUCAGCCCCAUCCUUGUCCUGAUCCACAGACUGUGCCACUGCAGUGUGGUCCAGGGAUCCGUGCUGAUCUGUGCAGAGAUGAGCACAGAGUGAGAGGAAGGGUGUAGACACUUUUCUAGUAAUGUAACAUUACAAUAUUUUUAUUGUUUGUUUGUCUUUCAAAAGUUUUGGUCUGCGAGGGAUUGAAAAUCAAAAAUAAAAGUAAAAACUGCUCUCUCACCACAGGUAGAUUGAGAAGUCCUGCUGUAGUCUGUGCACUUGAACUCCUUGUAUUAGGCUAGGUUAUGCUGCCGUAACAAACAACCCCAUGCCCGCGUAGCUUUACCCAACUGAAGUUUGCUUCUCCUUUGUGCUAAAGGUCUCGGUCACUUCAGCAGGGGCCCUGCUCAUCUCCAGAGGACUUAGGGCCCCACGCUGAUGGAGGCCCCGUCUCUGCGUGUGUUUCUACCGUCAGGAAGGCAGGACAGGAGAUGUGACAACUUAUACAUGGGUAUGCAAGUGCCACAUGUUACUUUGUAGCCAUGCCUACAAUUUAAGGGGAUGGGGUGGGCGGGCAGUGGGAAGAAGUGGACUCUUACCCUGUGCCCAGAUAAAGGAGGAGAGCAGCAGGUUUGGGAACAGCUGAAUUGCCACACUCCUGCCUGAUCCUGCCUGGGGUGUGUCUGGUCCUCUGGCCCAGCCGGGCUCACACAGCCGCAGGGCCGCUGAUGUCCUGCCACGCACAUUCCGGUUUUCCAGGGUAGCCUGCCCAGGCUGGGGCCCUCUGGACCGGGUUCUGGGCCCUCCCGGAGGGUGGCUUCAGUGCUUACUUGGUUUGGGAACUGAAAGUCUUGUCUACUUCCGUCAGGCUGUGGGAGGGAAGCCAUGGUGAACUGUGUCAGGAAGCUGCUCUGACAUGUUGGCCAAGAUAAUUUCCCUUCCGAGACCUCCUCGGGCCUCUGCGUGGUGAAACAGUGGCUGGGGUAAAUCCAGAAUAAUACGCACUGCCUUUUAUUGGGUGCUUACCAUGUGCUGGUAAUGGACACACAUUAUCUCAAUUCAUCUUUCUGAAGCUGUAGCAGAGGGCCCGUUCUUAGCCUCAUUUUAUGGACAAGGAGCCCAGGGCUCAGAGAGGUUAAGGAGCUUCAUGCAGCUGGACACUGGCUGUGCUGGACUUGGAUCCAGGUCUGUGUGAUUCUGAGCUUGCGCGCUGCACCGUUCUGGCGGUAUAGUACUUACUGAGGGGGGGGCUCAGAAGUCACUAACGAGGAGGGCGCCCCAGAGAAGUUGUCAUCCCUUCACAAAGCCCAGUGAAGUGAGUUCCCUUGUGGGGCAGCAGGUUAAGGAUCUUACAUUGUCACUGCUGUGGUUCCGGUUGCUAGUGUGGCGUGGAUUUGGUCCCUGGCCCGGGAACUUCCGCAUGCUACAGGCAAGGCUAAAAAAAAAAAAGGAAGAAAGCCUAGUGCAAUCUUGACAUUUACUCUUGAGCCCGGGAUCCUGCUAAGUUCAGUUCAGACACUAUUACGCAGGGAAACCCGAUCCUUCUUUUUAUUGAUAUUUACUGUUUUUUUUUUUUUUUUUAAAUGUCCUUGUGUUAAUGGAAAUACCAUUGGAAAAGGGAAAUAAAAAUGGAAAUAAAAGGAAUGACUGAAGAACACUAGCCGGGGGCAGGAAAGGUUUUCCAAGUGUAAAGAUUGUUCAGUGGGAGGAGAAGUCCAAGUGGCUCCAGGUCUUUUUUCCACGUGCGCCCAGAGAUGCAGCCCUGUGGUCUGGCUCUCGGGGGGUCUUGGGCGCCCGUGCUCUGCAGAUAGAAAGACAGGCCUCAAACCACUCCGUUCAGACAGGGUCUGUGCAGCCCAGCGGGAGUCAGGGGUUCUCGAAACCAUAAGCUAACCCGGCGUGUUUGCCCCAUGGAUCCGUUAGGUGGAUUCAGAGGCAAGAGUCUUUUAGUGGAUCUAUAAUCGAAAGCGUGGCUCAUCCUCUUGGAAUGAGCAUUUUACUUGAGAGGAGGAAAGGUUAAGUGAUUUCACUUCUGUGUAAUUUGUAAUUCGGUGCCCCUUUCUGGAAACAUCUAUUUUAGAAACAGAUUUGGUUGAGGGGGAAAGGUUAACCAGCCUGACAAGGGAGUCAUUUAAAAUAUUAUUUUGCACUUAGAAUAGGCACAGAUAUGGCAUGGAAUGCAAAAUUCACAUGGCUUCUCCGGAUUCAACCCAAGGCUUGAGUGAGAUUUCUUGAUGGAGUGGGUGCGGAUGACUGGGGGUCGGCCCUCCUUGUAUUUGGGGUUCUUGGAGGAGCAGGCGGCCCGCGUCCUGGGGAGGGUGUGUAAUGGCAGCGCCCGCAGUGCUGGGGCCCCGCGUGGCGGCCUCUUGUGCUCCGGCCACCAGGCCAGCCUUGAGGGUCUCUGAAGGUCAAAGUGAUCUCAUCUCUAAAGAUAGUGUAGGCACACGCAAGCAAAUGCACGCUUUCUUUUAUUUUCUUUUGUGUUUGUUUAAACAAAUGGUAGAAUUCCCCCUACACGUUCCUGUUUUAUUUUUUCACUGAACUGUAGUAAGAGAUUGUUCCCUAUCAGUUCGACUUCCUCGUUCUCCCCCUGUGGCUGCAGACUGUCCCCCGUUUGGAUUUACAGAACCACGCCCUUGUGAUGGGCUUGUUCCUAGCCUUUGGCUCUCUCAGGUAACGCUGGGGCCAUCAGCUACGUGCUUGUAUCUUUGAGACAUGCGAGUAUGUCUCUGGGACACGUUUUAGAAGUGGAGUAGCUGGGUCAGAGGCCACGUGCCUUUGGAAUGGGGGUGGAUACAUGCAACGGCACUGCCCUGAGAAGGUUCUCCCCGAGGAAGGUCCUGGGGCAGCGUGUGGAGGCCGGGGUGGCAUGUGGAACAAGCAGGCAGCAGGACAGGGUGGCCUCGCGUCCCGGGGCCCUGACAGGCUCUUCAUCAGCCGCUCAGCCUGGGUUGGGAAAUGCUUAGGAGAACAAGUGUCACGGCCCAGAGCCAGCCUCCCCCAGUCCUGCCAGCCACUGGCUUGCAACAUGAAGCACAUGAUGCAGUCCUUCCGAAGAAGUGGAAUUUGGAUGUUUGAAGCCCCCUUCUUGCUCGAUGUGAAGGCCCCCCUCGCUCCCAGGAAUUAGCUCUUUAGAAAAACUCAGCUUCCCUUUCACUUCCCCUGAAGGGCAGCAGCUUUCAGGAUGUGAAGGGAAUCAUGGAUUUAUUGCUGUGCGAAGAAAGCUCACCCUUCAGGGAGAAAAGCCAGCAGGUCCCAUUGAAGAGCGGGUUCAUACAAGCCUGUGCAGGUGAUGCCUGCUUCCUGCAGGCCAGGCCUCUGGGACGUCAUUCUUGCUUUUAUUUUGGGGCUUUUAUUAGCUCCAUCCUGUGGAGCAAGCAUGGCUCAGGCAGGACCACCCAGUGUGUAUGCCUCCCUCCGCUUGGGGGGUUCAUCCCUGCCACCCAGGCUCUAUGCGCAUGUGCUGGAGGGGGCAUGGCUUUGGAGAUAGCCCCUGCCUUGGACAUAGAGGCCCCCCUGCUUCCUGGCUGUGUCACCUCUGGGGCCUCUCUGAGCUUGAGUUUGUCAGCACUGAGAGUCGGAAUGGCCUUCAUGAUGGGGGGAGCAGUGCGCUCGGGGAGUCAUGGUCUGGCUUUCUUUCCUUCCUGCCCUGUUUGUCCAUCUCCCUUUGGUCACCCUGAGCAGGUUGGGCCAGUGUGGCCCCAACACAGAGCUCUUCCCUUGAGUCAGCUGGGGACACCUUUCAGGGUGGCUCCCAAACCCUGCCUGGGCCACCUGCCCCAGCUCCAUCUCUGGGGCUGGGUCUCACCUGAGACCAGGACUCCAGGCUGCUGUCUUCCCAUCUCCCCGACCAGGUGAGCCAGAAUGUGCAAGUGUAAUUGCUGGAACAGAGUGGAAUGGCCUCCCCACUUUUUCUGGGGUGAGGCCCUUUGCCUGGAACUCCACCCGGAAGUCCUGCCCCAGACGAACUUUGCUGCACAUGCACCUGGUGUUCCGAUCAGCCCACGUUACCCUUGCGGACGAGGAUGCUCUUGUGUCCCUGGUGGGCAUGUGGCAAGGGCCUCCUGCUUGCUUUGCCUUCCUGCCCCUUGGGCGCCCUGUCGAGGCGUCUCUGGUGCCCUCAGCAUCCUACCACCUGCUGCCGUCUCUUUCCUGCUGGGAUUCCCAGCUCUCCAGGCCAUCCCAGGGACCAGGAGACACUUGCUCCUUGCAGCUGCCCAGGAGCCGCGGAGACCAGGGAUCAGGGCUUUCAUUUCCCGGGAUGCGGACCCUAGAGCUCAGCUUGGGAAUCUGCUCCUGACGGACACCUUGUCGCCCACGUUUGUUCGUUCAUUCGUUCUUUCUUCCUUUCUUUCUUUCUCUCUUUCUUUCUUUCUUUGGCCGUUUAGGGCCACACCUGUGCCAUAUGGAGGUUCCCAGGCUAGGGGUCAAAUCGGAGCUACAGCU